AUGGUUUAUGAUCCAAAUUCUUUAUCAAACAUUGACAAGAUAAAAACAAAUCAUGUCGAUUUGAAAUUAAAGGUUAACUUUGAAGAAAAACUUAUAGAAGGAAGUGUCACUUUACACCUUGUCAAUCUUGUUGACGAUGUUCAUAAAGUUAUUCUUGAUACUAAUCACCUUGAAAUAAAAUCUGUUUCUAGAGAUGAAGAAAACGAAAAAUUUGGAUUACCUUUACAUAUUGAUCUUAAAGAUAAUUUAGCUGUCAAUACCAAAUUUACUAUAGAUAUUACUUACAAUUCAACAUCAGGAUGUACAGCUCUCCAAUGGUUAGAACCGAGUCAAACUGUUGGCAAAAAAUAUCCUUAUUUGUUUACUCAAUGUCAAGCUAUUCAUGCUAGAUCACUCCUACCAUGCCAAGAUACACCAGCAUUUAAAUUAAGUUAUAAUGCAGAAGUAACUGUUCCCUCACCUUUACGAGCUUUGAUGAGUGCGAUUAUUGAAAUUCCAUCUUAUUUAAUAGCAUUAGCUGUUGGUAAUCUGGAGGGUAGAGUAAUUGGUCCUAGAUCUACUGUUUGGUCAGAACCAGAAGUAGUCGGUGGGGCUGCUUGGGAAUUUGAAGAAACUGAAAAAUUUAUUGCUACCGGUGAACAACUUUUAACUCCAUAUGAAUGGGGAAAAUAUGAUCUUUUAGUACUUCCUGCCUCAUUUCCUUAUGGUGGAAUGGAAAAUCCAUGUUUGACUUUUGUGACGCCUACUCUAUUGGCUGGCGAUAGGUCACUUGUUGAUGUAAUUGCUCAUGAAAUUUCUCAUAGUUGGAUGGGCAAUCUUGUUACAACUGCUAAUUGGGAACACUUUUGGUUAAAUGAAGGAUGGACAAUCUUUACUGAAAGAAAAAUAAUUAGUUAUGUACAUAGCGAAAAGCAUGCCGAAUUUGAUUCAAUUAUUGGUUGGCGUGCUUUAUCUGAUGAUAUAAAAUUAUUUGGUUCUGAUAAUCCGUUGACUGCUUUGGCACCUAAUUUAAAAGGAAUUGAUCCUGAUGAUUGUUUUUCCUCGGUGCCUUAUGAAAAGGGGUAUAAUUUCCUUUAUUACAUUCAAAAAGUUGUUGGAGGAUCUUUGAUAUUUGAACCAUAUAUGAAAGCACAUGUAAAAAAUUUUAUCGGUAAAUCAAUCACCACACAAGAUUGGAAAGAUUUUUUGUAUUCGUAUAUGGAAACUAAUUAUGGACCAGAAAUGAAAGCUAAGUUGGACUCAAUCGAUUGGAACAGUUGGUUAUAUGCUCCAGGAAUGCCACCCGUGAAGAAUGAUUUUGAUCAAACUUUGGCAAAAGCAUUGGUGCUUUUAGAACGUCUAUCAGAAUACAAACCAUUUCCACAUAUAGCAAUAGCAGCAAUGGAUCAUUUCUAUAGUUUUACUAAUGUUCGUAAUAGUGAAAUAAAAUUUAGAUGGCAUGUUUUAUGUCUAAACACAAGUUAUGAGCCUAUUUAUCAACAUGUUGUAAAAUUCGUUACUGAACAAGGAAGGAUGAAAUAUGUUCGUCCAUUAUAUAGGUUAUUAAAUAAAGCUAAAAAUGGAUCAGAACUGGCAAAGAAAACUUUUCUAGAAAAUCGAUCAUUCUAUCAUCCUAUAGCUGCUUCAAUGAUUGCUAAAGAUAUUUUGGGCAAAGAUUGUUAA